CAUGCUGGGUGAGCUGGCAGCAGGCGGGAUGCAAGGCGGCUGCGUGGUGCUGGGGCUCCUGUGCUGCUUGGUGGCCGGGGUGGGCUCCUACACGCCCUGGGACAUCUCCUGGGCAGCACGAGGGGACCCCUCUGCCUGGUCCUGGGGGGCCGAGGCGCACUCACGGGCCGUGGCCGGCUCUCACCCGGUGGCCGUGCAGUGCCAAGAGGCGCAGCUGGUGGUGACGGUGCACAGGGACCUCUUCGGCACCGGGCGUCUCAUCAACGCUGCUGACCUGACUCUGGGCCCGGCUGCCUGCAAGCACUCCUCGCUCAACGCCGCACACAACACCGUCACCUUCGCCGCCGGCCUCCACGAGUGCGGCAGCGUCGUGCAGGUGACGCCAGACACCCUCAUCUACCGCACGCUCAUCAACUACGACCCCAGCCCUGCUAGCAACCCCGUCAUCAUCCGCACCAACCCUGCUGUCAUCCCCAUCGAGUGCCACUACCCCAGGAGGGAGAACGUGAGCAGCAAUGCCAUCCGGCCCACCUGGUCCCCCUUCAACUCCGCACUGUCAGCCGAGGAGAGGCUGGUGUUCUCCCUGCGCCUCAUGAGUGAUGACUGGAGCACAGAGAGACCCUUCACCGGCUUCCAGCUGGGCGACAUCCUCAACAUCCAGGCCGAGGUCAGCACUGAGAACCACGUGCCCCUGCGGCUCUUUGUGGACAGCUGUGUGGCUGCCCUGAGCCCUGACGGUGACUCCUCGCCCCACUACGCCAUCAUUGACUUCAACGGGUGCUUAGUGGAUGGGAGAGUGGAUGAUACUAGCUCUGCCUUCAUCACACCCCGGCCACGGGAGGAUGUGCUGAGGUUCAGGAUCGAUGUCUUCAGGUUUGCGGGGGACAACAGGAACCUGAUCUACAUCACCUGCCACCUGAAGGUGACCCCAGCAGACCAAGGCCCAGACCCUCAGAACAAGGCUUGCUCCUUCAAUAAAGCCAGAAACACCUGGGUGCCAGUGGAAGGCAGCCGGGAUGUCUGCAACUGCUGUGAGACAGGCAACUGCGAGCCGCCUGCGCUCUCCCGGAGGCUCAACCCCAUGGAGAGAUGGCAGAGCCGCCGCUUCCGUCGUGAUGCCGGUAAGGUCCCCCGGUGGGGCUGGGGAGACCCGGGCAGGGAGGAGCGCAGCUCAUGGUUCCAUCAUUCCCAGGGAAAGAGGUUGCAGCUGAUGUGGUCAUUGGCCCCGUGUUGCUCUCGGCGGACCCGGGAGCUGUGGGACAGCAGGAGGAGGGUGGUGACGGUGAGUCCCUGUGGUUGUGCCCUUGUGGUGUGGCUGCAGUGCACUGCUCUGACGGCUGGGUUUGGGUUUGCAGGUGCGGCGGUGAUGGUGCCCAGCGUGGGGACGGGGCUGGUGUGCGUGGCCGUGGCUGUAGCUCUGGCUGCCGUUGGGGUGGCUGUAGGUAUUGCACGCAAGGGAUGCACCCGAACCUCAGCUGCGGUGUGAGUGCAGGGCGAGCCGUGAAUAAAGCCUGGAAAGGACAAAC